GAUAAUUUCAUUUCUGUUGUAUUAUCAAAAAUGACUAAAGCCAUCACUCUUGCUAUCUUUAUGGUCGUCCUCGUUUUAGGGAUGGUGACAAAGGAAACGCAAGGAGAAGAAAAACAGUGUUAUGAUUAUCUUUUAACACCGCAGGAAAACUGCGAAGGUUUGAUAUGCGCACAUGAAUGUACUAUGCAGCAUGGUGGAAACGGCGUGUGUGUUGAUACUACAAGCACGGUCUGCAUCUGCACUUAUGACUGCACCAGUUGAUUUGUCUUCUGUUAUCCACAAACUAUAUCAUCAAUCUUUGACUUACU